CGAACAGUUCCAGUCGAACUUAUUGGAGAGCAGCUGGUUGGAGCUGGUUCCUGUCUACUCAUGGCGAAUGAGCGGCUCAGAGCUCUGGAGGAUGUGGAGAAGGAGAUAGCGAUGAUACUGCAGUGUGCCGGUAAUAUAGUUCUGGAACUCUCCAAAGACAAACACAAUGCCAGCCUCCUGGACAGACAGCUGGUCCAGUUCCAGAGCUCUGUCAACCGAGUGGAGAGCGAACUGAGCAGCCAGAUCCGCUACCUCACACAGGUAGCUACAGGCCAGCCUCACGAAGGCUCCACCUAUUCAGCAAGGAAGGACUGUCAGAUGGCGCUAAACAGAGCAGAGUAUGCAAAGGUCAAACUGGGAGAACUGGGACGGACUUGUGAAGUCAUGCUGGAGCAACAGCAGCAGCAACAGCAGCAGCAGACAUGAGAGCAGAGAGAACCUCACUGUGAUGUGACUUAACCUGCCUCCAGCCUUAACAUCUUUUCAUAGAGCCUUUUUAUGAUCACAAACACUGACGUAUCAAAGAAACUCAAAGAAAAACUCUUGUAUAUAUCAACACAUUUUCUCUAAGAAGUGUAUGGUGCAUUUCGAGAUUUAUUUGUUGUUUGGUGGUAAUUUUUUUUCUUAUUGAUGUCUAUUGCAGACCAUAUGUAGACCUUGUUAAGAUACCUCUAAUACAAUUACAAAGAUGUACCAAAUGUUUCAGCAUUUUUGGUCUUGUGAUCUUGAAGCCACGUCAUACAAUGAGAAAUCUAGCAGAGGAAGAGCAGAGACACAAUUUUCUUCACCAAUAGAACCACAGCUGUGUGGGAUAUUAUUAGUGUCAAAAAUACUGAGUGAUGAAAGCCAAGAAUUGAGAGUGUAAGGGAAAAAUUCUACAGCUUUGGGCACAAAGCACGGUAAGAAGUAACUGGCUAAGACUGUCACAGCAUGUAUCAUGGUCCUGGGUGGCCAUGACAGUCACUCAGCAGCUCACUGGAGGUCAUAUUAACUCACUGGAUGCUGACAAUCAUAGCAAACGUCGAACUUCCAGUCCAUCUGCAUUCUUUUCUGUUUUAAUGCACCCACACUGGCGAUAGCCAUGUCCGGAGGCAUUAUGUUUACGGAUUGUCCACCCGUCCAUCCCAUUCUCCUGAACACAACAUCGAGAACAGCACAAACAUCCACUUGGACUCAUGAAUGAACUGAUCAGAAUUUGAUGGUCAAAGGUUAAGGUCACUGUGACCCUGCAUAUGUCUCAUUCUCAGAAACGCUAGCCUAUAUCUCAAGAAGUACUUGAAGAUAUUAAUUCAAAUUUGGCACAAAUAUCCACUUGGACUCAAUAUAAUUUGGUAGUUAAAGGCAAAGUACUCAAAACUACUUCUGUGGUAGUUCCCACUACAGUAGAUGUCUUUCAACAUUUUAACAUAAUGACACACACAAGCCCCUUUUACACUGCCUGUUCAAGCAGGAAUAUAACGCCAUUAUGCCGCCUCACUGUUCUGUAUAUAAGAUUCGCUGGUGGACUGGGAGGACAGAGUUGUCUUGCCUUUAAACUGCCAUCAGAGGAAGUAACAGUGCUGAAAUGGUCUGAAUGAACAGGACAGCCGUAGGACAGGAUCAUGGGUGGCCCAAGUGUGAUGUUUUGACAUUAUUCUAUAUUAUGUGUGCGCUGUACCACAGGAGGUUUAAAAAUUAGCUGAUAGUCGUUAGCAGCUAACUCAAAUGGGGAAAAUGUGGUCCAAUGUGUCUGCAAAAUGGGAAAACAAUGGGGUCUGCCAUCAUGGAGGCAUAAAAACAUAAUUUACUCUGACCAGCAAAGGUCUCCUUCAUUAAAGUCAGCAGUUAACAUGUCAGAUCAAAGUGACUAAAAUGUCCAUCCAGGACCUUGAUUCAUUGUAUGACAGUCAUAAAUCAGGGAAUCCUGAUAAAAGUGCAGUGGAUAGUUACUGAAGCCAAUUUUUUCCCCAAAUCUUUACCAAGUCUGUUUGGUCUUCAAAACCUCAGCUGUAUAUCCAUAAUAAUGUCAUUCUACUUGUCCUCCAUGCUCUUAAAUCUGGACUUGUUUUGCUAGCUCCACAAUACUGUAGGUAAUGAUGUAUCAUGCAACUGCCCACAAUUCACUGAACUUUAUCAGUCUGAAGUCUUCCAUCCACCCAUUUUCAGCUGCUUGGGCUGGGUCAGGGGGUGCAGCAGGCUGAGCAAAGCAAUCCAGAUGUCCCUGUACCCAGUAAUGCUUUCCAGCUCCUCCCGGGGGAUCCAGGGGUGUUCCCAGGUCGGACAACAAGUUCUGGGUCUGCCCUGGGGUCUCCCACCAGUUGGACGUGUCUGAAACACUUCUAACCAGAGACACUCAGGAGGAUCCUGAUCAGACCAAACCAUCUCACCUGGCCCCUUUUGACACGAAGGAGCAGCCACUCUACUCCAAGCUCCCUUCAGAUGUCUGAGCUCCUCGCUUUAUCUCUAUGGCUGAGCCCAGCCACCCAUUUCAAAAUCUUGUCUCGUGUUUUUCAGCCUCCAUCUGACACUUCCAGCACUUGAUUAUUUGUACAUUUUAUUUCAUUUUGAGUAAGAAAAAAAACAAAACAAUAAAAUGAUGUAAUGACCAUA